CAGAGAUCUAAUCAAGAAGUUUGGGGUGGAAGGCAAAUCUUCUGUAAAGAUUCCCAUGAACACAUCACAAGGAAUUGGUCCGGAUGAUGAACGAAAAGAUGUGGAUGCAACAACAUACAGAGGGAUCAUAGGAUCUCUGCUGUACCUGACUGCAAGCAGACCAGAUAUCUCAUUCUCUGUUGGAAUCUGUGCCAGAUACCAAUCAAAGCCCAAGGAAAGCCAUCUAAGUGCUGCAAAGAGAAUCAUCAGAUACAUCAAAGGAAAUCCAAAUGCAGGCCUAUGGUAUCCCAAUGGAGGUAACUUUGAACUAAUUGGUUAUUCUGACUCAGAUUUUGCAGGUUGCAGACUAGACAGAAAGAGCACCUCUGGUCACUGCCAAUUGCUAGGAGGAAGGCUUGUUUCCUGGUUUAGCAAGAAGCAGAACUCCAUCUCAACAAGUACAGCUGAAGCUGAGUACAUUGCAGCUGGGAGUUGUUGUGCUCAGUUACUCUGGAUGAAGCAACAACUGAAGGACUAUGGAAUUCAAGCAAAUGAGAUCAAGCUGUUGUGUGACAACACCAGUGCCAUUGCUAUCACUCAGAAUCCAGUUCUUCACUCCAGGACAAAGCACAUUGAAAUCAGACAUCACUUCAUCAGAGAUCAUGUUGAGAAGAAGCAUAUCUGUAUGGAGCAUGUGCCUACAGAAGACCAACUUGCAGAUAUCCUAACCAAGCCUUUACCUGAGGCAAGGUUUAACAAGCUAAGGGAAGAACUGGGAAUGAUGGAUGAUCUUCCCAGAGAUGCCUGAACCAGAGAUUCACUGAACCAGAACUGCUUUCUUCUGCACCAGAAACUCAGAUCAGAGAACCCCUAUCUCUGUUCAUCAGAAUCUCACAUCAGAGAACCCCCUUUUCUCUGACCAGAGAUCCCUAUCAGAAAGACAACAGAUACGGAUGUGGACUUAGCAAUAUUUCGAGGUACGGGCAAGACCUAAUUAACUGAAACGGUCUUUUACCAAAAUACCCCUGAUCGUUACUCUUCUAACGGAAACGUUUUCCGCCCGCAUUCCAUUAAAUGCUACCUCGAAACUGCCAAUAUACCAAACGUCCACUAUUCCUAACCCCUUUAUAUCCACCGUCUUCAACCUAAAUCCCUACUGCAACUUCAUCUCUCUCUUAAACUGCUCUAGCAUUCAAAGCUUUCCGAUCCUAAACUCUUCAAUCCCCAGAACUUUUCUUAACCGUCACUCAGAAUGAACUUCCUCAGCAGCAACGAUCUUUCUAAGGAAGAAGCUAAGACCCUCAUCACCAACAUUGUCUCCGGCAUGAAGGUGGACAUGUCGUCUCUACCACUGCUGGCAGAAAACCAGAAGAGGAUGACCAAGAUCAUCCAAGGGAUGACUGAUUCACAACUUUCUAAGGUAGUUGCUCACCCCUAUGAGCACUACAUCAUCAAGGACGUGGUUGAGUUCUACCUCAACGCCACCAUCUCCAGGACCGAAGUUCAUUCCUCAGUGCAGGGUCAACGCAUUUUUCUGAAUGCAGACGCUCUAAAUGAGUUCUUUGGAGUUCAACUUGACUCCCAAGACCCGGAAGCCAACAACCUUAUUGCUCUUGACUCAGUGGAAGUCUCCACUGAAGGAUUUGUUCGGACAUACUGUCGCCCGGAGGCUGCCGGACUGGACAAACUAUACAUGAAGAAAUUCCUGCUGAAGAAGGACUUUGAGAAACUGGUCAGCAUUCUGCACCGGUGCUUGUGGUGCAACACUGCUUCAACAGAUGAGAUGAACAAAAACAAUGCAAAGGCAAUCUUUGCAGUUCACCAUGGCAUGAACAUCAAUUGGGGCGAGGUAAUUUUUGGCUCCCUAACUGAAUUCAUCAAGAAGAAAGACUCUGAAACAGGUCUUUUCUCAACAAAGAUGGGACAUGGGCUUCUCAUCUCUGCCAUUCUUGCUACUAAAUGAGUUCAACUCAGGGAUCCCAUCCCAGUUGAUCACUCCAAGACAAUCUUCCUCACAGCCUCCCCAAAGUUCAACAUAACCAUCUCCUCUGAGCUUAAGAGAGAGGAAAGGCUGGAGAAGAAGAGAGAAGAACAGGCUGCUAAGGCCAAACCUGCUCCUAAGAAAGCUGCCAAGAAGCCCAAACAACCUGAGCAGUCACAGGUUGUAAGGGAAGUCAGACAAAAGAAGAAAAGUGACAAUCUGUCACUACCAGAGAAGGAAGCAACAUAAGAGGUUGCACCAGAGUUGCCCUCCCCAAAGGCAACCAGGAAAUCUCCUGCCAGAAAGCUGAAGCAGAAAAGAAGAAGAAAGAUGGUUGUGCAGAGUGGUGACUCUGACAACUCAAGCACUCAACCAAGGCAGAAGAAGAGGAAGACUAAAGUAAUCUCACCUGCCAAGGGAUCAGCAGUUCAGGGGGAACCUGCACCAGAAUCUGGGACUCUACCAGAGGCUGACCCAGAAUCUGCACCAGAGUUGCCAAACUCUGCUCUUUCACCAGAGCGUGAAGCCACACCAGAGAUGGACCAAGAAACUGACUUCAGAAUCAUUCUGCAGAAGCAGUUUGAUAGAGUCCUAGCUUGGAGAAGAUGGAGAAUGGGACCUCUCCAACAAAUCAUUCAGUACUUUGAUGCGUAUGAAGAAGAAGAAGCUGUUGUUCUUCACUGGGUAGGCACAGAUGAUGUGUCAAAAUGCUUCAACCUUACCUUCCUGAUAUCUGUCCUACAAAAGAAGAAAGACAGAUAUCAUGGUAAAGUUCCAACAUCUGACCUAUCUCCAGAAAGGCAUGUCAAAGCCUUGGAAGAAGAAGAAGUGGAAGAGUUUGAUGCUUGGCUGAUGGAGAAGAAAAGAAAAGAAUCUAUGAUCAAAUUUCGCCAUAGCGCUCUUGAGGAAGGAGAACCCUCCACAACAAAUGACAUUGCUCUUACCAUGGAGAAGCUGAUCAAGGAAUGGAGAGAAUCCAUGUUCUCUGAGAUUGUGCUUGAGGUAAUUCCUUCACCUCCUCCCUCCCCUCCCAAAUCUCCUAUUACUCAACCCUCACCCUCCAAAUCUCCAUCCAAACCUUCAUCCCCACCUCACCAGAAAACCCCUUCACCAGAACAGAAAACAACUUCACCUCACCAGAAAACCCCUUCACCAGACCAGAAAACCUCAACCUCCGCCAGAACUCCAUCUCACCAGAAACCCAACUCCAGAUCCUCAUCACCCUGCAAACAACCCUCUAAUACCAGAAAUCGAUCACCUUCACCCCCACCAUCUCCCUCACAUCAACCUACUCCUCAACCCAUUAUCCCUUUUCCCCAAAAUUCACCUCCUCAAAACUCCUUACCACCAUCCAAAUCUGCCUCACCACAGAGAUCCUCACAUCACUCAGCAGCCUCUACACCAAAGAAGAAACCCUUCUUCAGGGUCCCCUCUUCUUCUAGUGACAAUGAUGGAUUCCUCACCUCCUCCAUUGCUGCUGAUGAAACCUCCAAAAGGAGAAGGACACCUCCCAGAGUUCCUUCCCCUCCACCAUCCAACAGAGCUUCUCCAUUACCCAAAGGCAGAGGUUUAGAGAUGCCUGGAUUUACUUCUGAAGAACCCCAAAUCCCCUUCAACCAGUUUGUGAAAUCUGCUGAAGCAUUUGGUGGUAUAUUGGUUCAUGAUCUGAGCAAGAUCAUUGAAUUGAAUGACAAGAAACAUGAAGAGCUUACCCAUACCAACCUGCAAAUCACUAUAGGGUUUCAACAUUUGACAGAUAAAGUUGCUGCUCUAACAGAAAAUCUGCAUAACUUCAUGCAUUCUUCUACUUUAAGGAUUGAUUCUGUCUCCAGAGAUGUUAGUGGUCUCAAUUCUGUUCUCCACUCUCACUCUCAAGCUCUGCUUACCCAUAAUCAGACAAUCAACAAGAUCUCAGAUUCUGUUCACAAUCUCCAAAAAUCUGCUGAUAGUUCCUCCCAGAAGCUCAAUAUCUUACACUCCCUCUGCAAGGAACAUCAAGAGCAAGGCCUGGCUCUCCUCAAGUCUGACAAGGAAAGGUACCAGAAGAUGGUGCUCCUAGAGGUCAGCACUAGGGAUCUUCAAUCUGCAGUAGACAAUCAACAAAGCCUGAUUGAAGGACUUGCCUCUGUCACCCAAACUCUGCCAGAGACCCUUGACGAAAUCAGAGAUGCACAAGCUUCUGAGUUCUCAAAGAUUGAACUUCUCCUUGGUGAUCUUUGUGAUGCCAAAAAGGGGGAAGAUACCAGAGAAGAAGAAGGACCCAGCACCAGAGCCCUUUCUAUCAGAGAUCCUUCCUCGGUUGAUCCUACUCCAUAUUUUGAUGCAACUAAGAAGAAAAGGCUAGCUGCUACAGGUACCAGACCCCCUCCUCCUCCUCCUAGAAGCUCAAAGAAAAAGACUCCAUCUUUCUCAUUCAAUGAUUGGAUGAAGAGUGGUCUGUCAAGGCCAGACAGAGUUCAUUUUGAACAGAUGAGGAAACUGAUGACUCCUCUUCAAAGAGAGAAUCUAUUCAUGGACAGUGAUGGACUUGUCCAGAUCAACCAUGGUGGUGCAAUCCAAGAAGCUGAGAUGUGGUAUGGUAUGAAGAUUCUCAAUGGCAAGAAAUCUGCAGAAGCUGUCAGAAACUAUUUGGACUGCAAACUUGCACCCCAUUGGGCUGAUUAUCAGAAUCCGAGGGAUCUAGCCUCAAUCAGAGCAAAGGUAAAUGCUGAACUAGAAAGGAUUGACAGAGCAGGACCACAGGUUGGAGCUAGAGCCUUUUGUCUACACCUUUGCACGGGUGGAAGGAAUCUAGAGGAAGACGUGGUCCGUGCUUCCUUUAUUAUUUCAAAUCAUAAACUAUGCUCAUGGAUACUUUUGUAAUAUUACAUUGUUUUGGCCUGCGAGCCUACGUUUUGCCAUAUGUGGCUUAUGAUUGAUCGUUGAAUAUUUUCCGCUAUUCAUUCAAUCUAUGAUGUGAUGUUGCUAUGUA